GGACGUUGAGUCGAGAGCACACGCGACGCGCAUGUUUCUGCGACGACAAGCCAAAACACGAGGCGGACAUAAUAUACGCGUUGUUUUUAACAUUCCGUGCAAAGUAAAUAAAAUGGUGGAUUAAAAUUCAUGCUAUGCGAUUUGAAUUAUGCGACGUUAAGUGCAACAAGCUGCAAUUUGUGUGAUCGCUUCCGUGCCCGUGCUCCGUGCCCCGUGCCCCAUAACCCGUGGCACUACCUGUGCUUCGAUGCCGUAGCUGCAACUGAAGCUGAGCUCGUUACCACAUCCGUAUCCGGCCGCCGGUGUUGCACUUGAUGGAUUGUUCAAUUUAGCCGGCGCUCGGCAUAUCAAAUCACAAUAUCCAACACAUCGAGACUUAUGUGCGUCCCGUUGAAUGCAACAACAUGUUGACGACACACCACCUGCAUCAUUUGCAUCAUCAUCGCGGCAGCACAGCGGUCGAAUUGGAUAAGGUUACCAAUUUGAACACGCUCAUCGUGGAGAUCAACAGCCAUGUGGCGCUCUUCCGCGACAUGCUGAUACAUGUCGGCCAGGCCAAGGACUGCCCCGAGCUGCGCGAAAAGAUACGCAAACUGCGACGCACCUGUGUGGAGGCAUUCAAGCACACGGCACAGAUACUUAUGCCACAGGUCAAGAGCGCAAUGGCCGAAGGCAUACUCACCGACAAUCCGCACCUGGUGCUACUCUUCUACAUGGCUCAGCUGUUUCUACGUGAGCUUGUGAAAAGCUACCGGCUCAUACAAGUUGUGCCAAUGGAUAUGUCUGGCUAUUAUGAAAAUCGAGCGGGCCCCUCAAAUCUGGGCAAUGUUAUUAGCCAAAUACUGUUGUGCAAGCAAUUUACGCCAGAUUUCAAUGAGGAGGAAUUAUGCAGCAUAACGAAGGAUUCGCAGGACAUUGCCAUGUUGUUGUCCGAGCUACAGGAGUAUAUGCCGCAACACGAGGCAUAUUUAGAGCGCAAUGCGGCACUGGAUACAAAUACUCCUUGGCCGGCAAAACGACGCCAGAAUUAUAUAUGCAAGAACAUGAGUCUACUAUGCUGCGUGUCUCGCCCAAAUUAUCUCUGAGACGAGGCCGAAAGUGUUUAAUCUUAAAUGUUAAACACACACAUAAGUAUCACACAUUUACACCCACACAGACACACACACACACUACUUGUAUCAAUUACUAGUGUUUAAGUCAAGCCCAUGAAAAGCUAAACACAGAAAUUGUACAGCCUAAGUGUAAAACCACUCAAUUAGCAUUGUAACCACAGGUCAAAGGACUUUCCAUACAAAACAAAUUUAAACAUAAACU